AUGCUCUCUGCUACUCGCCUGCGGAGCAACCUCUGCCAAUUCUCCCGCCACAAGCUUCCACCACACACGCGACCGUCGUACGCGAUCCCCACGCGCCUACACAGCACAGCUUCCACCCCGAACAACUUUCUGCCUACCUUCUUUACCCCGCUACAGCCACUGUUAAUCGACUUCUUCCGCCCCGCACUGCCCAGUAUGGCAACCGCGACCGUCGACGAGAGCCUUCGCACCUUCCUCAAGACCCACGCUCCGAACGAUGCCUUCGCGGAGACCGACGCCGUAAAGGCUUCUCAGGCUCUUUUCCCUUCUGUUACCUACACCGACGCCGAGAAAGCUGAGCUCAACCAAUGGCUAACCUCUGCCUCACACGUCGCCGCCGAGGGCGAGGAUGUCGCAAAGGCCUCCGAGCGUCUAUCUUCGCUGAACACCCACCUGGCUAGCCGGACUACGGUUCUCGGCGCGAAGCCCUCCGUCGCUGAUAUCGCCCUCUACCAGAAGCUCGCGCCCGUUGUAUCAAAUUGGAGUGCGGAGGAGAGGACUGGAGAGCAGGGAUACCACCAUAUCGUCCGCCAUGUCGACUUCGUGCAGAACUCUCCGCUCUUCGGUCUCAAGCUGGACAACAGAGUGAACAUUGACGUGGACAACGUAGUGUUCAAGAUCAAGCCCGUCGAUGCAAAGGCUGAGAAGGAGCGCAAGAAGAAGGAGAAGGAGGCCGCCGCCGCCAAUGCUGCAGCAUUAGGCAAUGCUACACCAACUACCCUGACUGGCGACCAGGCCGCCGGAGACAAAAAGAGCAAGAAGGAGAAGGCCAAGGACAAAGCACAGGCCGCCGGUGAAGCUGUGGCCUCCACUGUAACUGGCAAUGCUGGAGGAGCACCCGAGGGUGCCCCGACGCAGAAGAAGGAGAAGAAGCCGAAGCAGCCGAAACCCCAGAAGGCACCUCCAGCCGAGAAGCCUCUCUCGCCGUGCCUCAUCGACCUUCGCGUGGGACACAUCUUGAAGGCCGAGCGACACCCCAACGCUGACUCGCUGUACGUUAGUACGAUCGCCUGCGGUGACCCCGCUGGCACUGAUAACACAUCCGAGUUCGAGGGUCAGGUCGUGCGAACAGUGUGCUCAGGUCUCAACGGACUCAUCCCGCUCGAGGAGAUGCAGAACCGCAAGAUCGUCACAGUGUGCAACCUGAAGCCCGUCACCAUGCGUGGCAUUAAGUCCUGCGCUAUGGUGUUGGCCGCUUCCCCUAGAGUAACUGAGGGCGAGGACAGCCACAAGGGACCGGUUGAGCUUGUGAACCCCCCAGCGGACUCAAAAGCAGGCGACCGAGUGUUCUUCGAGGGUUGGGAGGGUGAGCCGGAGUCAGUGCUAAACCCCAAGAAGAAGGUCUGGGAGACGAUCCAGCCUGGUUUCACUACCACGGACUCGUUAGAGGUCGGCUUCAAUGUGGAGAAUGUACCACAGCUGUCAGGAGAGGGUGCAGACAAGAAGACUGGUGUCGCGAAGCUGAAGACUGCAGCAGGACUUUGCACGGUGACCACUCUCAAAGAUGCUACUGUGCGAUAA